AUGACAACGCGAGAAGACGCGAGACAACGCGCGAAGACGCGAGACAACGCGCGAAGACGCGAGACAACGCGCGAAGACGCGAGACAACGCGAGAAGACGCGAGACAACGGGCGAAGACGCGAGACAACGCGCGAAGACGCGAGACAACGCGCGAAGACGCGAGACAACGCGCGAAGACGCGAGACAACGCGCGAAGACGCGAGACAACGCGCGAAGACGCGACAACGCGCGAAGACGCGAGACAACGCGCGAAGACGCGAGACAACGCGCGAAGACACGAGACAACGCGCGAAGACACGAGACAACGCGCGAAGACGCGAGACAACGCGCGAAGACGCGAGACAACGCGCGGAGACACGAGACAACGCGCGAAGACGCGAGACAACGCGAAGACGCGACAACGCGCGAAGACGCGAGACAACGCGCGAACACCCGACAAAGCGGGAAGACGCGAGACAACGCGCGAAGACGCGAGACAACGCGAGAAGACGCGAGACAACGCGCGAAGACGCGAGAAGACGCGAGACAACGCGCGAAGACGCGAGACAACGCGAGAAGACACGAGACAACGCGCGAAGACGCGAGACAACGCGCCGAGACACGAGACAACGCGCGAAGACGCGAGACAACGCGCGAACACCCGACAAAGCGGGAAGACGCGAGACAACGCGAGAAGACGCGAGACAAGGCGCGAAGACGCGACAACGCGCGAAGACGCGAGACAACGCGCGAAGACGCGAGACAACGCGCGAAGACGCGAGACAACGCGCGAAGACACGAGACAACGCGCGAAGACGCGAGAACGCGCGAAGACGCGAGACAACGCGCGAAGACGCGAGACAACGCGCGAACACCCGACAAAGCGGGAAGACGCGAGACAACGCGAGAAGACACGAGACAACGCGCGAAGACGCGAGACAACGCGCGAAGACGCGAGACAACGCGAGACAACGCGCGAAGACGCGAGAAGACGCGAGACAACGCGCGAAUACGCGAGACAACGCGAGAAGACACGAGACAACGCGCGAAGACGCGAGACAACGCGCCGAGACACUAUACAACUCUCUAAUACACUAUACAACUCUCUAA